UCUUAUGCUUGUUGUAUGGGAUGGCAUAUACAUAGCUAUGUACUUUUUUUAGUGACAGCGAGACAAAUUUGCCAUGUCCAUGUACUCAGCCUAAAGAAAGCCAUCCUAGUUACUCUGAUGAACUACGAACGGAAUGUAUGAAUACUCAUUUCUGUGAAUGUGCGGCUUCUUUUCUUCAGCUUCAUCUAAUAGUAUAUGAAAAUCUAACAGGGAAGCUACUACUGGCUCUAUGUGCUUUCUACUAUCUGAUGACUCCGUUGAAACUUGAACAUGGCAAAUCCAACUUCCUAAACAACACUGCCCUUCCGAGUAUCCUGUGAGACUAAUGAAUUAUUUGUUCAAUCCUCAUAGUUCUUACUCAACCCAAGAAACUUCCUCAGGAAUUCACCCUUUUAUAAUUAAGCUGUAUAAUUAUCCACAAGACAUUUCAGUUCGUCUGAGCUUCGUGUCACAGCUCAUAGUUCAUCACAUAUAUUGUUAGGUGUCAGCACAGCAGCCAUACUUUAUUUUUUAUUUUUAUUUUUGCGGGUAUACUUUAUUUUGACUUGUAUGUAAUUGGUAGCUGCUAAAGAUACAACUGUCUAACUGGAACUAUUGUAUCUUAAGCCACAGAGAAAGAAAAAUAUGUGCAUGGAUGAAGCUGAAUCAAAAUUGUCCUCUUUAUGAAGUUUUUGGACAGUGUGUUGUCUCUAUCACGGUACUCAUUGCAGGUAUGCUUGUUUUCGAUUAAAAGUUACCUGAUUGGUUGGUUGCAUAGAUUUGGUAGGUGUGAUUGUAGAAAGUGACCAUGCUUUUAUGCACACAGUGUCCAUUGCAUCCCCUUUCAUAUCAUUGUAUGUUGCUAUCUUUUCAUGUUAUCUGAUCACUAAGCUACUUAAGCAUUGUCAUUUCAAUUUUUUAUUUAUAUACUACACUUUCUGUUAGAGAAGUCAGACUCUAUAAUACCUUUUUUCUGCCCAUUUCGAUUAGCAGCUUAUCAAUAUUACUUUUAGCAACAGCCUAACCCAUAGUUACUUAGUGAAAAAUUAUUAGCCAAGUGAUUCUUAUCAUCUAUUAUCGACAUUUUCUUAUGUGUUCUGUGCUGUGGCUUCAUAUCUAGACAGCAAUGGAAGUGAUCGCCUUGCAUGUGCCAGUGCUACCAUCCGUGCCAACCUGCCAAGCACGGAAAUGUAUGCCGGAUCGGGGUGUUUUGUGUCAGCUAGAUGUGACCAAUGGCAUGUCUGACCAUUUGCAGUCUGAUCUCUGGUGUUCUAUACUUCACAUGAACCUUACUCUGCUCAGAUACCAUAUUUUCAGUUGCCAUGUGCAUGACUCAUUAUCUUAGAAGGGAGCAACAGUUGCUUCGGUUAUGCAUCUGAUGCAACAAUUUCUGCACCGCAGGUGUGGAUGGCUUUACUUAUUUUAAGAUGUGUCCUGAGUCCUGCCAGUAUUUUUUUCAUCUUCUUUAAGAUGCGUGGAUGAGAUAACCAAAUAUUGCAAGUUCAGAUGCAUGUAUUGCAGUUGGUGUUCUGUGCUGCACCUGAUAAUAACCGAAAGAAGCUCUCACGAGUGAUGGACAGGCCAGAAAAGAGAGCCAUCUGAUUUUUAUAUAUAGCAUCUCUAGUUAAACGAAUGCGAUGUACAUAAUCAGGGGUUUAAGAGUCUCUGCUUCAGUUCUUGGUCAUUUAAAUGGAAACCUUUUGAUUAUACGGCAGUAUUCUGCUGUACUGAUGAUAUUUUGACUAGCUUGUAGUCUUGCAGAGUUUUACUGUUAGUUUACUGCCAGAAACAUGAUUUAUCACUGUUCUUGCGUUCUUGAAAGUAGAAGUCGUUCAAAUUAGCAACAAAAUACAUAUUUCAGUUAUUUUCCCAAAACUGAAACUCAGAAGCUUCUCCUCUUUCGUUUUUCAGGUGAACCUGAAUGCUGCGGAACUGUGCUUUCAGGAGCAAACUAAACAUGGGAAAUGCAGAAUAUUGUGAAGUUUCAGUACUGACAUUGACCCAAUAACCCCCAAAUCUGUGAAUGAUUACCAGAAAAGAAAACAGAGAAGUAAACAAGCCAAAGGCCUUAUAUAUGUUAUUGCGUAAGCACCUUCUGUUUCAGAGUCAAACACUACAAUCUGCAGGAGUAGACGAGUGGUUUGGGCUGCUACCUAAAGCUAGGACUAGACCAGUCCUUUUCCAAUACAUGAAAGUGUUAUUUGUCUUGCAGCAAUGAUGAGAUUGAAGCAAAUCAUGCUGGUAGUUGUUCAGAUAAGCGGAGUAGAGAUGUGCUGAUUGCUCAUCAUUAGCAGGGAGGAGAAUCUUUCAUCAGUUGGAUCGCACUUGCAUUCUUUCAGACGUCAGGUUCUGACAUGAUAUUGAAAGAACAACUUCUUCACAAAUAUAGAAUAAAAUCCAGCGGCCGCGUACAAAACGUCUGGAAUCUUUCAUCAGCCUCUCUUACUUGGACCAAAUGCAAUUGAUCAUAUGAAAUGAGUACACCCUAGUAAUAGCUCACUAGCUACUUGUCUUUACUUUCUUCAGCAAAAUAGUCAUGUGUCCUGAGUUCUACAUAAUGUUAUCAUUAUCUUUUUAACCUUCAUGUUCUUGUUUAUUUUACCAUGGGCAGCAUGAUGAUAUGUUUACCUUCUCCCAUGCAGACACAUUUCAGACUAAAGAAGUAGAAGCAAAAUGUUGGUUUCACUGCAGAAGGGAGUACAAUCCUUCAGAGUGUGCACUAUAUUUGCUUAGCUGUGCAGUACAGGCAAAGGAGACAGCAGCAGCAGCCUGAGACAAGAGAAACCCACACGUCCACACUGACAAUGGGUGAGCAAGGCAGGGCAAGCAGCAACAAGAUCAGGGACAUCGUGAGGCUGCAGCAGCUCCUCAAGAAGUGGAAGAGGCUUGCGCUUGCUCCGAAAGCCGGCAACGGCAAGCACGGCAGCGGUGGUGCUGCCGACGUCCCGAGGGGCUUCUUCGCGGUGUGCGUCGGGGAGGAGAUGAGGAGGUUUGUGAUCCCCACAGAGUACCUUGGGCACUGGGCAUUCGAGGAGCUGCUCAGGGAAGCAGAGGAGGAGUUUGGGUUCCGGCAUGAGGGCGCCCUGAGGAUCCCCUGUGAUGUGGAGGUGUUUGAGGGCAUCCUGAGGCUGGUGGGCAGGAAGAAGGAGGCUACCUGCUACUUCUCUUCAGAGUAUGAGGUCUUGUGCAGAUGAUGGUUUCAUGGAUCCCUUCCUUUUUCUUUUUCCUUUUGUCCAUUUGUUCCAUUCUUGGUUCUUAAUUCUUCAAGGAGAAGAGGAAGAAGAGUUCGCGAAUUGAUGAUCUCGGUUUGUCUGAGCAUGAAAUGAAGGUGUCACAUUCUUUUGAGUGAAAAUUUUAUGAAGGAUUCACAAUAAGUAUCUUGGUUAAAAAUUAUUUUGUAUGAUUCAAUUAUUGUUUGUUGUUAACUUAUGUAAUGUAUUUACAUUUCCGUUGC